CAGAAUUUGCUGUUUGGCGCCGCGACACUGCCUGCAUUUUGAUAGAUUCAUGUUAAUGCAAAAGACACUUCGUUCUUUCGCUACCGCCAUCAUUCACUAACACCUUUCCUUCCCCGGGCCUCCUUGGAAUAUCUUUGUUUUAACUCUCAGUGUUCCUCUAAUAUCCACCCUGCGUCUCAUCUUCUAAUCCGAUGUCCGAAUCACCUCAGCUCGGUCCUCUCCUCGAGCCAUUAACAGCAUCAGCCCAUGCUGUUUAUCCGGAGUCAACCGCCGAGUCGAUCUCUUUCACUCCUGGACCCUCUGACAGUGCUCUCCCACCAACUCCAUUCCUCGUCCUAUGCCUAGAAGACUACCACUCCGAUGACCCUAUCUAUCUAUCCUUCCGGAAGGAUGAAUUGCUUCUAGUGUUGGACUGGGAUUCGAGACCCGGGUGGUGGCAAGCCCAGAGAACUCAACCCUCAGAGUCUACGGAUGAGUCCAAGACAGACAUCGAUAUUGCGAUUGGAUGGAUACCUCAGGCGUACGUGCAGCCGUUGCCGGCGGAAAAUUACGGGUUUGAGCAACUGAAGACUGAGAUGAAUUUCGCAUUGGAACCAGGGAUGCCCGAUCCUCCGGCCAAUCCUGUCGUCGACUACUGUGACGAUUUUCUACUAUCCACUGAUGAAUGGACGUAUUCGGAGCUUCUGCCGGGCUCGAGCUCUAGGUUGAACACAAGGGUUGAAUUGAAACCGAAACCAGCUUCAAGUUGGAACCGUCAAGUCCGAUUCAUUAAUGACUCGGACACUGAGUGUGAUGACGACAUCAACCUGGAAACCUCCGCUGUCCCCGUUCCCUUUGAUGCCUUGAAAACACGAUAUACGGGAGGAGGAGGAGAUAUACAGCUCCGAAUUUGGAUAGCCGGAGUGGAAGCGAAUUCACUUCGUCGUCGAUUAGCUUCACCAUAUUACCCAGACGAGAGUAGUCCAAACUCCGAGACGGGUGGUCCGAGUCCUGCUUUGUUCAACGGAAGUGAACAGUUUAGCAUCAAUGGAGGAGCGUUUAAUGCCGUUGGUGGGGAUAUCCAUGAGACCAAAAAUUCUGGGAACACAUCGUUCUUCAACUGCAUAUUCAAUUCGAAGUCGAGCUCGGAUCCGAGAAAACAAUCUUCUUCUUCAACGACUACUCCUCAGAAUUCUAAGUCCCAGGAGAAGAAGAGGAAGCGGCGAUGGUCUAUUACCAAGUUCACGCAUAUAUUCCAUCACGUUUAUCAUCAUCACCUUCAACCAGCGGUGAUAUAUUAUCCCAUGUCAUGGAUGAUGUAUUAUGUUCCUUGGUUCGUGCCGUGGUGUCAGAAAUGUGCAGUGAUUUCUUAGCGCAGUCCAAAGUGGAAAGUAGCUGAAUAUGUAAGAGUAAAAUUGCAAGUGCUGGCUGUAGGGGUUUCAAGUUGUAUAUUUGUUUGAGCUAUUUCUUCCUGCUUCUUUUCUUUUAUAGUUUCCUCUCUCAACUUUGAUUUUUAUUCCGCGUAGACAAGUUUCCUUUGUCGUUACGAUCGGUA